AUGAGAUCCACUGACUUCGCUGUGGUCCUGACUGCAGCUCUGCUUUUUGACUCGUUCUGGAGGAAUAAUGGCGAGCGUGCAGCCCACAGCCCCUGUCGCUCUGGCUUCUCUCAGAGCGUCUAUACCGUGGUGGUGCCCAAGGAUGUGGUCCAAGGCCGAUCCGUGCGGAAAGGAACGCCUGUUUCUCCGCAAACAGUGAAAUUUGACGACUGCCUGGGGAACAAGUCCGUGACCUUCCAGAGCAGCGACCCCCGCUUCACCGUGCUACUAGACGGCGCCAUCUACGUCCCGGAGGAGGUAGCGCUGUUGGACAAACCGGUGCGGUUCACGGUCCAAGCUCACGGUCCAAACUCGCAGGUGUGGGGGACCGAAGUGCAGCUCGCGGUCGACGCUUCUCCGGGACUUAAACCAAAUGGAAAUAAGGUGAACGAGGAGUCGGGGGAGAUCUUCAGAGAGAUCUCGGAGCAGAACGUCACACGGGACUCCAGCUCAGACCCUCCGCCCGUCAUCCUGUUCCCAUCGUCUGGCCGCGGCGCCUCGGGGUCGCUGCGCAGACACAAGAGGGACUGGGUGAUCCCCCCCAUCAACGUGGCCGAGAAUUCCCGAGGACCGUUCCCGCAGAUGCUCGUCAGCAUCCGCUCCGACCAGGACCAGGACAUCUCCAUCCGGUACAGCAUCACCGGAGUGGGAGCCGACCAGCCGCCCAACGAAGUGUUCAGCAUCGACCCCGUGCUCGGAAAAAUGUUUGUGACCAAACCUCUGGACCGGGAACACCGCUCCUCCUACCACCUUCGAGCCCAUGCCGUGGACAUGAACGGGAACCAGGUGGAAAACCCCAUCGACCUUUACAUCUUCGUCAUCGACAUGAACGACAACCGCCCGGAGUUCAAGAACCAGGUCUAUAACGGCUCCGUAGACGAAGGCUCCAAACCAGGGACUUACGUGAUGCACUUGUCGGCGUUCGACGCUGAUGACAACACCACGGCCAAUGGGAUGGUGCGAUACCGGAUCCUGUCCCAAACGCCGCACAGUCCCAUCCCGAACAUGUUCACCAUCAACAGCGAGACGGGGGACAUCGUCACCGUGGCGCCCGGCCUGGACCGAGAGAAAGUCUCCCAGUACACGAUCAUCGUCCAGGCCACAGAUAUGGAAGGAAACCUGAACUUUGGCCUCUCCAACACGGCCACCGCCAUCAUCACCGUGACCGACAUCAACGACAACCCGCCCAUGCUCACCUCCAGGACGUUUUCAGGCGAGGUGCCGGAGAACAGGGUCGACGUGGUGGUGGCGAACCUGACGGUGAUCGACGCAGACCAGCCGCAUUCACCCAACUGGAACGCCAUCUACAGGAUCAUCAGCGGAGAUCCCACCGGACACUUCACCAUCCGCACGGAUCCGGUGUCCAACGACGGAAUGGUCACGGUGGUCAAGCCGGUGGACUUCGAGCUGAACCGCGCCUUCAUGCUGACGGUCGUCGUUUCCAACCAGGCGCACUUGGCGAGCGGGAUCCAGUCGUCCCUCCAGUCGACAGCGGGGGUCACUAUUUCGGUCCAGGACGUGAACGAGCCGCCGUACUUCCCCACGAACCCCAAACACAUCCGCUUUGACGAGGGCGUCCCGGCCGGCACCAGGCUCGAGACGUUCUCCGCCACCGACCCGGACCGACUUCAGAUGCAGCAGAUCAUCAGGUAUUCCAAGCUCAACGACCCGGCCAACUGGCUGUCAAUCAACCGGACCAACGGGCAGAUCGUGACCACGGCCAUCCUGGACCGCGAAUCCAGCUACGUGAAGAAUAACAUUUAUGAAGCCACGUUUUUGGCCACAGACAAUGGUUCCCCUCCGGCCAGUGGCACAGGGACACUGCAGAUUAACCUGAUCGACAUAAACGACAACCCGCCCACCCUCAUCCCAAAAGAGUCCCAGCUUUGUGAGCGCACGAGCCGCAGCGUCCACGGGGUCAACAUCACGGCCGCAGACGCCGACACUGACCCCAACGCCGGGCCCUUCGUGUUCGAGCUGCCCAGCUUCCCCUCGAGCAUCCGACGCAACUGGACCAUCACCAGAAUCAGUGGCGACUAUGCACGUCUGGGUCUGCGGUAUCAGAUCUACCUGGAGCCCGGGGUCUAUGAGGUUCCUAUAAUCGUGUCCGACUCGGGGAACCCCCCUCUGUCCAACCGAUCGGUCAUAAAGGUCAAAGUGUGCCCCUGUAACGAGCACGGAGACUGCACCACGCUCGGAGCUGUGGCCGCCACGGGACUCGGGACUGGAGCCAUCAUCUCCAUCCUCAUCUGCAUCAUCAUAUUACUCAGUAUGGUUUUGUUAUUCGUGGUGUGGGUCAAACGCAGAGAGAAGGAGCGACAAACCAAACAGCUGCUGAUCGACCCCGAGGACGACGUCAGAGACAACAUCCUGAAAUAUGACGAAGAGGGCGGAGGAGAGGAAGACCAGGACUACGACCUGAGCCAACUGCAGCAGCCCGACUCCCUGGAGCACAUCAUCAGUAAACCCCCCGGCGUCCGCAGGGUGGACGAGCGGCCCAUCAUCCCCGAGUCCCAGUUCCCCAUCAGACCAGUGGUGCCGCACCCGGGAGACAUCGGGGACUUUAUACACGAGGGCUUGCGGGCGGCGGACAAUGACCCCACGGCGCCCCCUUACGACAGUCUGCUGGUGUUCGACUACGAGGGGAGCGGCUCCACUGCGGGCUCCGUCAGCUCUCUGAACUCAUCCAGCACAGGGGACCAGGACUAUGACUAUCUCAACGACUGGGGCCCCCGCUUCAAGAAACUGGCCGACAUGUACGGGGGCGGGGCCGACGAAUGAAACACUGCCCCCCGUAGGCCCGUACACUAAACGCACAUAGACACACAUAAAAAACCCUCGUCCCGUCAGCUGGCCUGCCACGCUCUGUACCACCGGGGGGGAUAAACACGCACCCUGAUGACAUCACUGACUCAACAACCAAUCAGAUUUGAG